AUGGCGACGACGACGCCGUGGAUGGUGCGAUCGAUCGCGCGCGCGCGCGUCGCUCGAAAAAGACGCGCGGGCGCGACGGCGGUGGUGCGAGCGACGACGUCGAGCGAAUCGAGCGACGACGACACGGCGAAACGCGUCGACGCCGCGAGCGCGCUGCUCGAUGCGAUCAUUCGUGAGACGGUGGAGGGGAUAUUCGUCGAGGAGGCGGCGACGGAGGUGUUUAACGAGGCGAGCGCGAGCGAGGCGAGGGAGGCGGCGGAGGUGGACAAGCGCGCGGUGCUCCGAGGCGUGGUGCGGUCGCACCUAGAGGAGUUGGACGGUUCGUUCUUGGCAGCUCUGGGAGCGUACGUGCAGGCGAGCGAGUCGAGUGGGGACAUGCAGCUGGUGUCACUGCUGAAUGCCAUCAAGGAGGAGGCGCUGGCGACGGUGACGGAUGCGCUGACGGAUGAGAUGCAGGUGGUGCAGCUCGUGGCGAGGCUGAAGAGCAACGAGGAGCGGUUCGAGGUGAUUCGCACCGCACAUCAGGGCGGAGGUCGCGUUCUGGGGGACAUCGACGUGCCUGGGGUGAGCGUGGAAAAUAUUGAGCGCGCCGCGGCGCAACUCGUCGACGAACUCGAGCUCCAAGUGCCGGUUCCGAAUUGGGAUCUCCUGUAUCAAGUUAUCGUCGUCCGCGAGACGGCCAGACAGCUCUCAAAGCUUGCCGAUGAGACUGGAGUAUACAGCGAGAUUGUCGUCUCGGGAUCGUUCGCGCCCUCCGAGCUCCCAAAGACAGAAUCCGCGCUCAUCAAGGAGUUGGUCGUUGUGAACACUGUGGCUCAGCGACGCGCGAGGCUCGCUCAGAUGUUGGACGAGACGAGAAAAGAACACGACCAGGAGUUCAAAAGCGCUGCUGACGGUAAGAUCAAGCUCAAGGCUACGUCGCGUGGAUUCACACCGCGCUCAAAGCAGAGUGCGGGAGGGUUCGAUGCGACGGAUUUGCGCCCAGGUCGUUUCAUCGAUAGUGUAAUCAAUUUGCGAGCUAGUCUCUUGAAAGAGGGCGCUGAAUCCGCCCCGGUGGUGGCACGCCUUGGUCAAAUAUACUUCGAGGCGUGUGACGUCGCCAUGGAGUACGCGAACGUAGGAGUUUGA